UUUGGGAAAAGUGGAAAUACGAUUAUAGAUGAUUUUAUUCUUAAAAAAAAUUUAAGAUGGAUUCCAUAUAACAAAUUUAAAAAUGUUGAAUAUCUUAAUGAAGGAGGAUUUGGUACUAUAUAUAAAGUUACUUGGUUAAAUAAUUAUGAAGAUAAAGAAGUAAUUCUUAAAUGUCACAAGAAUUUAAAUGAAAAUUUAAAUGAAUUUUUAAAAGAAUGGGAAUAUCAUAAUUCAAGUGUUUUAAGUUCAGUCAAUAUUAUAUAUUUUUAUGGAUUUACAAAAGAUCCAAAUAUUUCAAAAUAUAUGGUAGUAAUGGAUUACGCAAAUAAAGGUAAUUUAAGAGAAAAUUUAACAAGAAUAGUCAAAAAUAAUUGGAAUCGAAAAUUAUAUAUGUUGUACGAAAUUAUUUCUGGACUAAGUGGGAUACAUAGAGAAAAUCUUAUUCAUUGUGAUAUUCAUGAUGGUAAUAUUUUAAAUUAUAAUUAUGAGAAUAGUGAUAAAAUUUUUAUUAGUGAUUUAGGAUUAUGCCAACCUACAGGUCCUGAAAUUAUUGAAAAUAUUCCACAAUGUUAUGUAGAAUUAAUGAAAAAAUGUUGGAAUGAGGAUUCAUCAAAAAGACCAUCUUCUAAAGAAGUAUCUGAAAUUAUUGAAAAAUGGAUUUUCCCUCCUCAUAAUUAUGAAGUCAGUGAAGAAUUAAAAAGCAACAUUAUGGAAUUUAUAAAUGCACCAAUUGGGCAGCAUAGCAAUCCUGUUACUGAAUCACAUCCAGAAGCAUAUUAUACAAGUCGCUUACUUGAUUUUACUAGUGAAAAAUUGAAUGAAGUUCUUGAAAGUGAAGGUUUGAGCGAAUGUAUGGUUAAUUUGAAGCUAUUAGAUAUUAAUACUAGAUGA